CAGUUUAUCCGUUUCCACGCCUGCUCGUCUCCCAUCUGUUCUAUAAGAAAAAUAUGAUGGAGCGGUGGUUACAAUUUAUCUUGAUUCUUAUAAUCACUCGAGACUACUCUUGUGCUUUUUUAAAGGAAUUUCCUACAGUGUCCGAAUUUUAUUGUCCGGCCGAAGACGGCUUUUACAGUCUGAAUAAUCAGUGCACUACAGAUUAUUGUUUCUGUCAAAGUGCAGUGGAGAUACGAUGCCAGCCGUGUCCAGAACCACUAUUGUUUGAUACGGAAAGUCAGACAUGCGUUGAAUCCGCAUAUUGUUUCGAAUGUCCUGCUGAAGAAGGCAAAUAUCCUGUUCCUCUAAACUGCGUCGGUGACUAUUAUGAAUGCGUUGACGGAUACCCGCAAAAACUGAUCUUCUAACAUUAUUUAUUUUCUCUUUAAUUUACUAAAAGAUUUAAUUUCUUAUCCAAUCCUGUUUCUGGAAUGUAGACGUGCCCCGUU